UGAGAUUUGAGUUUCUCACGGCGAUAACUGUGAAGGAUACCACCUUCCUGGCUGUGAUUCCGGGAAGUCUGGCAUAAGUUUACCGACGUUUCGGAUGAAGGUCCUUAAACUUCUACUAGACAACAUGGAGUCGCACCCCAGAAUAGAGUACUCUUCAAUCUUGAGAUGGGUGGGGUAUAUAGCAUUUACGAGACAAUAAGAAUGUGUUCAAAAUGCUGGAUGUAAAACAUCGAUGAAUGAGACCGAUUAAGAUUCCGACAUGCACGAUUAAGAAUAACAAUGAAACGAAUCUAGCAGGAGCAGAUUACUCAUAUAUGAACACAACUGAAAUGGCGUAAGAAAAGCUGCAGAGUUUUGUAAUGCGGCAUUUCAUAUUUUAAUGGAUAAAAUAGGGAAUUUCUUAAGCAUAUGGAUAACUGUGACAUGCUCAAAGAAGAUGUUACAAUAUGGAAUUAUUUCUCAUGCAUUACUCGUAGAAAGACUUGACGGUCAGAAAAGUUUGGGUAACACUGUUAUAGAAUACAGUCUGGAUUACAGGGCGGCCGAUCGAGAACCUCUAUCACAAUGCAGAUGAAACAAAUAAAAGUAAAACACUGAUAUCAUUCACAAAUCCAAUCCUGAGUGUGGAAUGUAGAUAUGAAAUAGGCUGAACGGAAGACAGGAGAUAAAUAUUUAUCGACUAAGCUUCCUUUCGUAUGACGACGUGGUUUAUUCUAAGGGACGAAUUCAGUUCAUAAUUGCCAUUGGAUCUGUGGGUGUUACUGUGAUGGACAUCAAAAUUAUAAUUUCAGCAGUAUUACUGUUUAGCUUGGAGUCUCUUAGUCAGGAUGUAAAGAAAGAAGUUAAUCCACAUGACUGCAAGAUGAUGUUCACGUAUGGGUAUGGAUACAAUAAGUUCUUUCAUAUAUCACCAUCUGGUAGUCAUGAUGGUGGCAACAUCACAAUUCGCUUUUUAGUCCGAGCUCGAAGUGAUGCCCAUCUUCUUCUGUCAUCCACCCCUACACCUAUGGAUGGGGAAGCAGUUUAUGAAGUGGUCCUGGGAGGAGGGAAGAAUGUAUUCUCUGACAUUAGACGCUUACGCCUUGGAUCUACUAAAGCAACAGCAUAUACAAAGGAUCUUUUGUCACCUGUAGAACUGAGAGGUUUUUGGGUUCAUUUUGAUGGGAAAGGUAUCUUACAGGUGGGAAAAGAGGGAGAUGACUUUCCAUUUCUAUUUUGGGCCGAUCCAUCUCCAUUAGACAUUCGCUACUUCAGCUUCUCCACAUGGACAGGUGUUGUUGGCAAGUGGCUAUAUGACUGUCCAAUAGCAAAUGAUUCAGAGACAAUAGAGAUUGUUGAGGCAAAGCCAACUACAAUGACCGAGAAACUUCGUAAAUACUUGCUGUCUAAUUACAAUCCCUACGCACUGCCUGUCCUUCAUGAGGACCAUCGUUUGGCUGUUUUCAUGCACUUGACUUUUCAUCAUGUGAACCUGGAUAUGAAACGUUCUGCUUUUUCUAUUGAUGGGACAGUACCAAUGCACUGGAUUGAUGAGAAGAUACACUGGAAACCAGAAGACUAUGGAGGUUUGACUUCACUGCACAUAACUGAGCAUGAAGUUUGGAUACCAGAAAUUGUACUUUAUAAUGCCGUUGGUCAUGGAGCCAACAUACUGGGGCAUGCAGGAAUGACAGUAACUUCAGAAGGAGCAGUUAUGUGGUCACCAUCUGCUCACCUUGAAGUUUGGUGUAACCUCAACUUGGAUCAGUGGCCAAAUGAUAUUCACACCUGUGAACUCCAGUUGGGGCUCUGGUCUCAAACGCAAUUUGUUGAGCUUCUGCUUGCAGAGAAUGAAACUGUGAUGGAGGAUGAACAAAGGACAGGAUCUGAGUGGGAAGUGAUAAAAUUGGAAUCCGAGACAGUAAUCUCUCGUACACCAUGGAACCAGGAUGUGGAUGCUGAUAUGUUAACAUCUGGUACUCUAACUAUCCGUGUAACAGUAAGACGUCAAAGCCAACAACAAAAUAUUAUUUUUGUGGUGCCAUUAAUUGUGAUAAAUGUACUGAUGAUGCUGUCAUUCUGGAUGACAUCUAUGAACACUGGGAAAUUUUCCAUUCAAUGUAUGUGUCUUGUGUUGCUUGCAAUUUUCACAGUUACAGUUGGAAAUGCACUGCCAGCCCCUGCCGAACAUGUUCCAUGCCUGGUGCUGAUGUACAGCUGGAGUAUGAUAGCAGGACUGAUGUCAGUUUUGGUAACUACAAUAGUGAUCAACAUCUCACGUUAUGCGCAUGCGUCUCCACCGCCUACAUUUAUCUGUGCACUCAUCACUUUACCAGUCACACGGAUUAUGUUAUUUUUACCUCAAGUCAAGACAGAGGCUAGUAAAACCUACAAUCAACUUGAAGAAAAUUUCAAUGUCCAUGAAAGCUGUGCAGAUAUUAAUACUAGAACUCCUACUUCAACACAUCUGGAAAUCCAGCAGUAUUGGAUUAUACUUAGUUCAGCUGUUGAUCACAUUUCAAGCUUCAUUCAGUUCGUUUUCCUUGUGGGAAUUCUUAUAAAGUACAAUUAAGAAGACUAUAAUGAAAGAAGUGGAUGAAUAUGACAAUGAAAUAAACAAAUACAGGAAGUUGAAAGAAACACACAUAUGAUGAAAAGUGAAAAUGGCUUAUUUUGUCCACAUUUGUGAAUUGCACUUCUUCAUUGCUUUAAAAUCUGACUACUGCUGAAAAACUUACUCCUUUAUUGACAGAUCAAUGGUCUGGUGUAUGGAACAAAAUGCAUAAUAAUGAUGUUUAUCACUGAACUGUAUGCCUGAUUGUCCAUGCAUGGAUUAUCCAGUUUGAGGCUGAUCUUUUCAGACACAUCUGGAACUCUGUAGAGCACCUGUUAAGUUCAAUCUGUCCAUCUGUCUGUGCACCUGAAACAAUCUGAGAAGCACUGGAUGAAUUUUUCAUGAAAUUUGACACUGGGGAAUGUUACAAAGAAAUGUGUAGUUAUAUCACUUUUCAUUCAGAUUGGACUAUUUUAUUGACCACUUUACCCGAAGACCUACACACAUUUCUGUGCAUAUCACAUUAAAUAUUUAUCAAACAGAAAUGGUUGAGAAAAACGGAAUACAAAUUUUAUAUUGAAGAAUUAAAAAAUAUUUUACAUCUAAUAAAAAGUCAGGCAAAUAAGUUUUGAGACUCGUUUUUAAUUUUGUGGGAGGUGAUCUAGUAACGCUGUUGCUUGGAAUGUUAAGUGACACAAAAAGACAGGGCCCACAUGGAAAUUACCACUCGCACUCCUCAGUGUCCCUGUGCAACUUCCUCCAUAUAUUAAAAUUCACCCUUAAAAAGAAUUGUUAUUCGAACACUACAUGUUUCAGCCUAAUUGUCCAUCACCAGGUGUACAAGUUGUAGAUUUGAAAGUUAAUUUGUUUCAAUUAACGUCAAUUUAUUUUAAUCAGGAAAUAUGGCAUCCACACGUGCUACAAAAUUUUGACAUACAGUGCAACAAUUUUAAAAAGAUAGAAGAAACCAGAUGAUGGCCACAUAUAGCCGAACCAUGUAAUGUGGAAGAAGGAUGACUAUAUAAGUUGUAUUUAUGAUGGAAAUAUAUGUGAAAUAAAUGAUAUAUUUGUGUUCAUUUUCAUAAAAUAUGA